AUGGCGGAGGGUGACAACAACAGCGUCUACCAGCUGGCUACAGAAACUUCUAGCUUGGAAGAACAGUUGCAAGGAUGGGGAGAAGUGAUUCUGCUGACUGAUAAAGUCCUUCGCUGGGAGAGACCCUGGUUCCCCCUGGCACUCAUGAGUGUGGUUUCUUUUUCCUUUCUGAUGAUUUACUACUUGGACCCAAGUGUUCUUUCAGGUGUCUCCUGUUUCGUAAUGUUCCUCUGCUUGGCUGAUUAUCUUGUUCCUGCUCUUGCACCUAGAAUAUUUGGCUCCAAUAAAUGGACUACAGAACAGCAGCAAAGAUUUCAUGAGAUCUGCGGCAAUCUGGUCAAGUCUCGUCGCCGAAUUGUGGGCUGGUGGAAACGUCUCUUCACGCUUAAGGAAGAGAAGCCUAAAAUGUACUUCAUGACCAUGUUGUUUUCUCUUGCUGUGGUUGCCUGGAUUGGACAGCAAGUCCACAAUCUCUUUCUGACCUAUCUUAUUGUAAGUUUCUUGUUGCUGUUUCCUGGACUAAAUCAGCAUGGGAUCAUUACAAAGUAUGUUGGAAUGGCCAAAAGGGAGAUAAACAAACUUCUUAAGCACAAGGAAAAGAAAAAUGAAUGAAGACUGAAGUGCUGUUCACUCUUGUGAAAGGUUUCCUUGGGAACAGUUUUAAGAAUUAAUGUAUAAUUAAGACAAUAGAAGUUGUAUUGCUCACUGGCUUUUUUUUUUCUUUUGAUUGGCUCUCUGAUGAAGUGAAAAUGCCACUAGCAACUGCUGUGGAUUUGUCUCUCACUGUGCUGUCUAGGGUUCUGCAGCCUGCAGCUGCUCUUAUGUGGAAGAUCCUGACCUUUGAUGUACAGAGCUUAACUAAGAGGCCGUGUGAAUAAAUACCCCAACUCAAAACCAUCAGCAUGGUAAUGGCUGAUAACAGUACCUGAGAUAGUUCCACUGAUGAUUAGUUUGUGGCUACAGCAAGUAUAAAAAGUUCUGAAAGCUUACACUUCUUGGAAGCUUGUUACUACUGAUGCUUGUGGAGGGAGGACAAUUAACUGAAUAGGAAUGAUCACAGCUGGGGUUGCAUACCCAAAAUCAGGGCAGUUGAUGAUCCCUUUGUCUCACUGAUUCUGUUUGCUUUUUUUGGCUGCAUAUACCUGAUUAUCUGUGAAUAGGGGUCUGGAAUAUAUAAAUCUGUAGUUCAGUUAUUUAGCUGUAGUGUAAACUUCAUUGCACUGAGACUGUAGAAAAAGAGUUAAGGUGUGUGUUACCUUAACAGCUGAUUGUCCUGAAAACUGCUGUUGUCAUGGAGCCAUGUAGCACCUUUGGUUGUAUGAAUGUUGUGUCUGUAUACAGAAUCACUUUGAUGAUGCUAGGUUUGUCUCUGUAAAUAAGCCUGUCUGUAUUGGUUGUGCUUUUUUUACUAUGAUCUCUCCUUCCUUUUUUUAAAACUGACCUUUUUUUUCUUUAGAAAGCUAAAACCUGUGUUAAUGCAUUUUGAAAGUUUACUGUUUUAAAAUAAACUC